GUCCCGAGCGAGCGAGAUAUUGAGCGAUCGCCCAUCGCCAUGUUGAAACAUGCGAUACAUGCUAUGCAUGCAUGCAUGUCUCUCCCACUAGCUGAAUGUCGCACUCGAAUGCGGAAGGAUUGACAAGAAGUGCAGUGAUAGACUUGCCAGCACGCACGCCUGAUCGUCCCACCGCCUGCAACCAUUCGCUCGUGUGUCGAAGUGAACAAGGGACGCUAUCGCUGGUAAUAUGUCGUAUCUACCGCACCAUCAGGGGAUGUACGAGUAUCAGCAGGGCCAUAUGGCCAUGCAGAUGCACAUGGACGACGAUGAUACAGACGACUCGGACGAUGACGAGCCCAUGAACCACGCAGCUUCUCCUGGCAUAUUCUCGACACAUGCUAGCCCUUACGCCUAUGCUUCUCCGGCAGCUGCUCCUUCGCCAGAAGAUGUGAAACCUAGCACCUCUCAACUCGGAGUCAUGUCCCCAUCUGCACCUGCCUACGGGGAACGUCUGCCUUGGAUGACAGACGAUCAGGGGUCGGUACCGCCUUCCGCUGCUCCUUCACCUUACGACCAGAAGCCAAGAAGAGAUGAUUCAGAAGACGACGAAGGCGAAGAUGGCAUGGAUAUCGAGCCUCAGCUUACGGGUACCCGAGCUGGAUCAGAUACCGGAUCCGAGCAGGAGCAAAAGGUCGAACUGACGUUCGAGGAGAAGAUGCAACUGAGGUUCCCGGCCUUCGACAAGAAGAAGCCGUUGAAGUUCACCGAGCUCCAGGCAAUCGAUCCGAUCAGGGAGAGCAAGAAGAGGCGGCUUGAGGAUCACGGCAUCUCCUCCAUCGAAGCGGAACAUCCACAUCCUUCACAAGAAUCCAGCUUCUUGCGUCCUCUACCCGUAGUAGAGUCUCUCAAUCAACGACGAGUCCAUGCUUGGACAGCACCGUUGCUAAGACGGGGAAGAAAGAGGUCGGACGGGCAUACUCCUGCAGGGACGGUCACUCAGAAUAGGAUGCAUCGGCUGAUCAAGCAGUUCGAUCCGGCGUCAUUCCGAGAGCCUUCAUCUGCGGAUCAAGACCUCGUGCGGAAACAGAAAGAUGCUUCGAUGCUCGAGCUCUCGAGUUGGGAGGACCAAAUCGUCUGGGGCGUCGAUAAUCCGCCAGUGGAGAUGGACACGCCUGGUAUUGCUAUUUCCAAGCUGCCGAAAGAGAGCAAGGGAAUUCAGAGCCUGAAUAUGCAGUUGCGAGGGGAUGAAUGGUUGGACCGGAUCGCUCUGAGCGUGCCGCUAGAGGGAUCAGACGAGAACGACCUGGAGGCUGCUUCCGAUGAGCUCGAUGUCCCUGUGGAGACCGUCGCUUCGGAACCAACCCGGGUUGCAAAGGCGCUGGAGAUCAUUCGGGCUCCUCGGGUCGACAACAACGGUCUGGCGCUUGACUUUUACAACUGGUCGAACGAUCACUACUAUCCGCCACAAAAGGCUCAGAAGGUUACGAUCCGUCAAACCGGGCUGAUCGAAAUCAUACACGCUGGACCGGCAGUCAAAUUGCAAUUGCCGUUCUACAAACCGACCCUUACAACGGCCGAGAAGCGGACACGAAAUCGACCGAUGUUACAGUUCCCCACCGGGGUACCUAUACACUUUGACAAGCUCUUGCCAUCGACUAAUAGGACCAAGCAGCAAAGGGAAGCGAUCAAGGCCAUGGAGAGGCAAGGGAAAAAGGUGGAACCCGAGAUCCCUCAGAGCUCGAAAGAUCUGUCGAUGGCGAAUCGAGUGCCUUAUGUGCUGCUGGAAUACUCGGAAGAGACGCCCUUGGCGCUACCCGGCUAUGGCAUGGGCUCGAGCAUGAUCAACUAUUACAAGAAGACCUUUGCCGAUGAUAGCGAUUAUCCUCAGUUCAAGACGGGACAACCGGUCAUUCUACAACCAAAUGAUCCGCAGCCGUACCCUUUGGCAUUCAUCGAUCCGGGCCAAUCCACGCGGUCACUGCAGACGACAUUUAGUAAUGCGCCAAUAUUCGAGCAUCAACCUUCCCCAAGCGAUUACCUCGUGAUAAGACGCACUGUCGAUGGACAAUCCCGCUACUACAUCCGAGAGAUCAACAAUAUUUUCGUCGUGGGACAGACCUUACCGGCCGUCUCGCAGACAAAGCAAUACCUCAUGGACAUGCCAACAUCCCAAGCUGCGAGCCGUCGAGCGACGCGAUGGAUUAGGAUCGUGAUCAAGAAAUUGCUCGCCAAACACGGCAACAUUGUCAAACAAUCCCAAUUGCGUCCGUUCUGGCCCGAAUGGUCUGAUCGAGAUUGGACCCUGUUCUUGAAGACUUUCAUGUUCUCCGAAUCCAAAAAGCACGAAAAAUACUGGAGGCCCAUGAUUGAUGAGAACGGGGUCAACAAGACGGAACUCGAGCUCGAAAAGGUUGACAUGAGCCCCGAAGAGCUCGUUUUGCACGCCGCAAUGGGUCAAGCGGAACAGUGGCUAAUAGACCGAGGGCAUCCAUUGCCUGCCAACGCCAAGGACGAAAAGGUCCUCAUCAAGGACAUGAACGAUAGCCGGGACCUCGUCGGGGACGAACGGGACAGGUAUAUCGAGACGAGGUUGGCUCCGUGGUAUCGAUCGCAGAACUAUGCAUCCGCUGCUCAGACAAGUCUUGCGAGCGGUACGGGGUCGAAUGCGCUGGCCAACGUGUUGCAGCUCAAGGACGAGGGUGAUCCUACCGGUCGAGGCGAAGGUUUCAGUCUGCUCGAGUGUUCGCGAAAGCAGAUGCCCGAGAUGUUCAAGCGUACGAUGCAAAAGAACAAGCGACGAGGAGAAGACGAGACCAAGCAGAACAGCAAGGUGCAUCGGGAUGAACUCGUCAAGGCGUACACGCUUCAGCAGCAAAAGAUCUGGGAGACGCAGAGGCGGUCGCUCACGUCGUCGAUCCCGCCCAAGCCAGACAGACCAGACGACAAGCGGUCUAUCCAACGCCAGAAGAUCGAAAGGCAAGAGGAAGAGAGACAGCGGAGGAUUCGGCAGCGUUACGAGGAAGAGCAGAGGGACUUUCAGAUCGGCUCGGAUCGAAAGCUUCGGAUCACUCGGCAGAGGAAAGACGGGACGUUUGAGCAGGAAGAGAUCACCGACCCGGUCAUCAUCACCGCUUACCUUCAAGCGAAAUUGACCGAAUCGAUCAAGAAGGACGGGUUCAGCGAAGGAGGGUUGUACAACGGUCUCAACAGAUUUGAAGGCAAGGUUGCCAAUCUCAAGAACUUUCGGAUCAAGUUGCUUGAGGAGAACAAGCACGAGCUGCAGAAACUCAAGACGGGCAAGACGGAUGCCCCAGCCAAGCGAACGAUCAAGUGCAAACAGUGCGGCGAGAUUGGUCACAAUUCAAUGUCGGAUAUUUGUCCCAAGAAUCAAGACAAUCCCGAGUUCCUGGCCAAGAAGGAAGCCAGCAAAGCGAGCAAGAGGGGCAAGAGGGUGUAUGUGCCCGAGGGAAAGAAGGAAUUCAAGCAGGAUGACGUGCGCAUGGCCAAGAAGGAUGGGGAGAGUAGUGCAGGAGCGACGGCGCCCCCGAUGGGAGGGACGGCGGGGUUCAAGGUCAAGCUCAGCCUGGGCAAUAAUGUUGGGUCAUGAGGCGUUGUUAUCCUAUCGUUGUAUACAGGACGUUGCGCUCGCUGACACGAUGACUUUGCGGGGAUGUGGAUCGAUCAUUUGAGAACGAUACUGUCAAGCUUUUCGAGGGUGCUAGCUUUGAAAUCUCGGUAACGGUUCUGUAGAAGGGAUACUUUUAUCGACCUGGUUACAGGCGAAACCGAACCACCUAUCGUUUGCUUUAUCAGCGCCCGUUCCGCCGUUCUUUUCCUGCUGUUCGUCUCCCUCGGGCUCGCUGUUACAGCUCAAAGGCUACGAAAGACAGAUCAAGGAAAAAUGGUUCUUGGUAUAGAAGGGGGAUUAUUAUUCGGGACUAAGUUGUCUGCCAGUUUGAGUAAAUUUGACCAUGUACACACUUUGUCAAG